AUGUCAUCUGAAUCAAGUUAUAAUAGUUUCAUUUCAUCUUCAAAUUCUUCUAGUUCCGAUGAUGUCAAUUUUAUUCCACCAGAUCAUAUAGCAGAAGAACAAAACAAUGACUACAUGCAGCGUUUUGGAAGACGUAGACGUGCAAAUCGUAUGAUGGACCAAAUGAUGGAGCCCUUCAUUUUGGCUAAUCCAACUGAAGUAUAUGCAAUGGUAACUCAAGUUCCUAGGGCACCUAGGCAACAAGUUGAUCGAAAUCGUGUGGAUGCACACACUCGCUUAUGGAACGACUACUUUGCCGACAAUGCCCUCUACCCCCACGAUUAUUUCGCCGCCGAUUUCGCAUGCAAAAACAUGCCAGAUGCCACAGGGAGACUUGGUGCAUCAGCAUUGCUAAAGUGCACUGCGGCUAUAAGGUUGUUAGCAUAUGCCACAUCAGCAGAUUCAGUGGACGAUUAUCUUAAAAUAAGUGGCUCUCUUGCUAGAGAUUCACUACAACAUUUUGUUGAGGUGUGGUUGCCGAGUGAGGAAAGAGGAUUUCCGGGAAUGAUGGGUUCUAUUGAUUGCAUGCAUUGGCGAUGGAAAAAUUGUCCACUACAAUUUAAAGGACUCUAUUCGGGAAGAGCUGGUAAGCCAACUUUAGUUCUCGAAGCUAUUGCGUCAUAUGAUUUGUGGAUCUGGCAUGCUUUCUUUGGAACACCAGGUAGGUGCAAUGAUAUAAAUGUUCUUGAUAGAUCUCCAAUAUUUAACGAUGUAUUUGAAGGUCGUGCACCUCCAGUAAACUAUGUUAUCAACGGCCACCAGUACGACAUGGGUUAUUACCUAACAGAUGGUAUAUAUCCUCAAUGGGCCGCGUUUAUUCCCACAAUAUCUCUUCCAUUGAAUGAGAAGGAAAGCCUUUUUGCCCAAAAGCAAGAGAGCAAACGAAAGGAUGUGGAGCGUGCAUUUGGAGUAUUACAAGCUCGUUUUGCAAUAAUUCGUCAACCAGCAUUAGCUCGUGAUAAAUAUAUGCUAGGAAAAAUAAUGUUUGCUUGCAUUAUAAUACAUAACAUGAUAACUGAAGAUGAACGAGAUUCGUACUCCCUUCGUUUUGAUCCACAUGAUUAUGACCAAGAUUUUCGCCCAUCCUCAAGCCGACGACAAAACGCCGAUGAACCUUUUAUAUAUCAUAAUAGUGAUAAUCGCAUCGGAAAUUUGCAGACAUUCAUGAACAAUAGGGAUCGCGUCCGUGAUCAAGCUAUGCAUAGACGACUCAAAUUGGAUCUCGUAGAAAAUAUUUGGCUUAAAUUCGGGCUAAACAACGAGCAAACUAGUUAA